AUGGCUGCACCAGAAGCGGAGGCCACGGCACCGGCUGCACCGGCGGCGGCGCCGGGGUCCGUGGACACGUCGGCGCAGCUAGCGGCGCUGCGCGCGCUGAUGGCGAAGUACGAGAGCGGCGCGCUUGCUGCUUACAUCGUGCCGUCGGAAGAUGCGCACCAGAGCGAGUACGUGGCGGAGUGCGACCAGCGCCGCAAGUUCAUCUCGGGGUUCUCGGGAUCCGCAGGCAUAGCGGUGGUGACGGCGACGGAGGCGCUGCUGUGGACGGACGGGCGCUACUUCCUGCAGGCGGCAACGCAGCUCAGCACCGACUGGCGCCUCUGCAAGGCCGGCACGCUCGAAAGUUGGAUCUCCACGCACUUGCCGAGGGGGGCGCGAGUGGGAGUGGAUGCGUCCACGCUCUCCAUUGAUGCGGCCCGGCGCAUCACACACGAGCUUGACAAGGCCGCUCAGCACCUCGUGCUCACCCCCACGAAUCUGGUGGACGAAGUAUGGGGCGCGGCGCGCCCACCGCCCCCCAGCGAGCCGGUGCGCGUGCACCCGGUGAAAUUCUCCGGGCGGACGGUAUCAGACAAGCUGGCGUGGGCGCGGCGCAAGAUGCGCGAGGAGGGCGCGCGCGCGCUCGUGGUAACCGCGCUGGACGAGGCCAUGUGGCUGCUGAACGUGCGCGGGGCGGAUGUGCCGUUUAAUCCGGUCGUGCUGAGCUAUGUGGUGCUGACGCGGGACGAUGCCACGCUCUAUGUGGACGGCAAGAAGGUCACUGAUGAGGUGGCAGCACAUUUGAAGAGCGAGGGCGUGCAAGUGAAGGGCUAUGAGGCUAUCCUCCCUGACCUGCAUGCGCUCGCUGCUACCCUCGCCGCCGCCGCUGCUGCUGCUGACAAGGAGAAGGGGAAAGACGGCGGCGGGGAGGGGAAGGCAGAGGCGGGUGGGAAGGAGGAGGCUGAAGGGAAGGAAGGGGAGAAAGUGGAGGAGAAGGCGAAGGAGGGAGCGAAGGAGGUGGUGAUGGAAGAGGCUAAGGGGGAAGGGAAGGGCGUGAAGGCAGAAGGAGAGGGCGGGAAGACAGGCGAAGCGAGCAAGGAAGCGAGCAAGGAAGCGAGCAAGGAAGCAGGCAAGGAAGCGAGCAAGGAAGGCGAGAAGGAGGCAGGGAAGGAGAAGGAGAAGCCUGGGUACAGCGUGUGGCUGUCCCCUGCCACGUGCUCGUACGCGGUGUACCAGGCAGUCAGCAAGCACCUGCCCGCACAGCACGUGCUGUUGCAGCAGUCUCCAAUCGCCCUGGAAAAGGCCAUCAAGAAUGAGGUGGAGCUGGCGGGGCUUCGCGCCUGCCAUGUGCGCGACGGCGUGGCACUCGUGCGCUUCCUCUCUUGGCUUGACCACCAGAUGAGGGAGCAGCAGGCAGCCCCGGGGUACUUCAAGGAGCGCGCGGAAGCUGCAGGCAGCAAGCGCAAGCGCUCCUUGAGUCAUGCAACUCCCACUCGGCGCAGCACCAGGAUCGCAAGGGGGUCUGGUGGGGAAGGGGAGGAAAAGAGUGUGGUUACCAGUGAGGUGAAGGCGAAGGGGGAGAAAGAAGGCAAGAAGGAAGACGAGGAGGAAGGGAAGAAGGAAGAGGAGAAGGAAGGGAAGAAGGAAGGAGAAAAGGAAGGGGAGAAGGAGGAGGAGAAGGAAGGCGGCCCUGUGGCACUGACAGAGUGCAGUGUGGCAGAUAAGCUGCUGGCGUUCCGACAGGAGCAGGAGCACUUCAUGGGUCCUUCCUUCGCCACCAUAUCAUCAGUUGGCGCCAACGCGGCCAUCAUUCACUACAAGCCCGAGCCCGACACAUGUGCUUCUCUCACCGCCUCCGAAAUCUUCCUCUGUGACUCGGGCGGGCAGUAUCUGGACGGCACAACGGACGUGACGCGCACGGUGCACUUUGGCAUGCCAACGGAGCAUGAGAAGAAGUGCUACACACUCGUGCUCAAGGGGUAUAUAGCGCUGGAGCAGGUCAUCUUCCCCAACGGCACCACCGGCCACAUGCUGGACGUGUUACCGCGCAAGGCGCUGUGGCAGGAGGGGCUGGACUACCCGCACGGCACGGGCCAUGGCGUGGGCUCCUUCCUUAAUGUGCACGAGGGUCCGCACCUCAUCAGCUUCCGUCCCAAGGCCAUUCAGACAGCCCUUGCUGCUAACAUGACCGUCACUGAUGAGCCGGGGUACUACGAGGAGGGCAAGUUCGGCAUGCGCGUGGAGAACGUGCUGCUGGUUGAGUCUACGGAGCUGCCCCACAACUUUGCCGACCGCGGCUACCUCAAGUUCGAACCCAUCACCCUGGUGCCGAUUCAAACGAAGCUGAUAGAGAACUCGCUGCUGACCAAGCCCGAGCGCGACUGGCUCAACCACUACCACGCGCGCUGCCGCAAGGAGCUCUCUCCCUUCCUCGAAGGCUCCCACCGCCCCCAUCCGCGUCUCCGUCUAUCCAACUCUCACCCUCUCGCCCUCGCCUCCUCCCCCCACUCUCCCCUCUCCCCCUCUCCCCGUCGCCUCCUCCCCCCACUCUCCCCUCUCCCCCUCUCCCGCCCCGCCCCCGACCCCGUCCCUGCAGCGGGAGGCAAGGCGGCGGUGGCGACGGCGGAGGCGCCGGCGGCGCUGGGGCCGUACAGCCAGGCGAUCCAGGCCAACGGCACGCUCUACGUGUCGGGCGUGCUGGGACUCGUGCCCGAGACCAUGAAGUUCGCAGGGGAGACCGUGGAGGAGCAGACAGAGCAGCUGAUGAAGAACAUGGGAGCCAUUCUGCGAGCUGGGGGAGCUGACUUUGACUCGGUGGUCAAGACCACCAUCAUGCUUGCGGACCUUGCAGAUUUCGGCACCGUGAAUAAGAUAUAUGCCACAUACUUCCCUGCACCUGCUCCUGCGCGCUCCACAUACCAGGUGGCAGCGCUGCCUCUGAAUGCCCGCAUUGAGAUCGAGUGCAUUGCUCUCAUUAAGAAGUAG